GGAGCGCUAUGCUGGGAACCCGUCUGGUUUUGGGACCAUGCGACUAACUUUCGUCAUAUGACAGAAACCCAUAAGAAACCGCUGGAAGGGGGGGGAGAAACGAGCCAUUCAAUGGAAUUACUGUGGGAGGGCAGAGAUUUAGCACGGCUCUCGAUGACUUAAGGGUCUGAGCUCUUCCGUAUAUCGCAUCCCUCGCUGCGCAGUGUCGGCGGAACCUCUCCCUGUGGAUAUAAUGAGAGGAUGGCCGAGAGGCGAGGCGCUGACAAGGAAGGGCUGACCGCGGGUGCGCUUCGGCAGCCGGGCAGUGAUGAGCAGACUUCUGGGGAUGUAAACAUGGAAGGCGGCGAUGGUGCCGACGAGCUGUCUCUGGAGGAGAUUCUGAAGCUCUACAGCCAGCCGAUCAAUGAGGAGCAGGCGUGGGCCGUUUGUUACCAGUGCUGCCGGACCCUGGCUCAGGGGUUUCGGGGGAGCAGCGCCGGGGCUCGGGUGGAGGGGCGAGCCUGGAGGAUUGAAGGCGCUGCUGAUGUCCGAAUCUGCAAAGACGGAGCCGUGAGGCUGCACCACAGGCAGGGAGGCUCAGGCAAACCUACAUCCCCUUGCACAGCAUCGGAGGUCAUCGAGUCGCUGGGCAUCAUGAUCUACAAGGCGCUGGACUACGGGCUGAAAGCGAACGAGGAGCGCGAGCUGAGCCCCACCCUGGAGCAGCUGAUCGAUCGCAUGACCAACAUGGCGGAGCAGGAGCCCGAUGGCUGUCCGGACGAGGGCUACGAGGCCACCGAGGAGGAAGAUGAGGCCGAGGAGGACGCCGGCACCGUGCCCAGCCUCCGGGGCUACAGGGAUGUCAUCAAGCUGUGCUCCAGCCACCUGCCGAGCUCCUCGGACGCCCCCAGUCACUACCAGGCUGUGUGCCGCGCCCUGUACGCCGAGACCAAGGAGCUCAGGACCUUCCUGGAGAAAAUCAAGAGUGCGAAAGAGAACCUGAGGAAGAUGGAGGGGGCGAAAGCAGAGGAGCCCACCAGAGACCUGAACGAGCUGCAGAACGCUGACUGGGCCCGGUUCUGGGUGCAGGUGAUGAGGGACCUCCGCCACGGGGUGAAGCUGAAGAAGGUGCAGGAGCGGCAGUACAACCCCCUGCCCAUCGAGUUCCAGCUCACGCCGUACGAGAUGCUGAUGGACGACAUCCGGUCCAAGAGAUACACGCUGCGCAAGGUGAUGGUCAACGGCAAUAUCCCGCCCAAGUUAAAGAAGAGCGCCCAUGAAGUCAUCCUGGAUUUCAUCCGCUCCAGGCCUCCGCUGAACCCUGUGGCGGCGCGGAAGCUGAAGCCCUACCCCCAGCGCCCCCGCAGCCUGCACGAGCGCAUCCUGGAGGAGAUCAAGGCGGAGAGGAAGCUGCGCCCCGUCUCCCCCGACGAGAUCAGGAGGAGCAGGCUAGUAAUUCGACCGCUUAGCAUGUCUUACAGUUUUGACUUGUCAGAUGUGUCCUCCACUCCGGAACCUCCCCGAAGGGGCGGAGCCAGUGCACUGGCCAAUGGAAAGCUGCCAGCUCAGAGUCAGCGGAAUGGGGUGGGCGGGGCUCAGGCAACCAUCCAAAGGAAGAGGCUGCUGAAAGCACCAACCCUCGCAGAGCUGGACAGCUCUGACUCAGAGGAGGAGACCACUCGGAUGUCUGUCAGUAGCUCCAGUAUGUCCACAUCGCAGGUGGAUGACAUGUCUCCCGACUCUGCUGUCGGCAGAAAAAAUCCGGUUGUCUCUGUCGCCUCUCCAGCUCCUCCGAAGUUCCUUCCCAUCUCCUCCACCCCCCAGCCCGAGAGACGCCAGCCCCCCCAGAGGAGGCACUCCAUCGAAAAGGAGACCCCCACGAACGUACGGCAGUUCAUGCCCCCUUCACGACAGAGCUCCAAGUCUCUUGUCACAAGGAUAUUGGGUUUUUUUCCAAGGAUCCCAUUGUGCCCCAGUAACUCGGCUCUGCAGACAGUCUCUUUCCUGAGCUCGCAUCCUUUUGAGGCGUCUGUGUUCGGUGUAGUGGGGGCUGUGUACUCUCUGUGUGAGGGAGUUUUCUUCAGCAGGUGGAAACGCAGAAAGGAGGAGUUCUGUUACCCAGUGGAGUGCCUGGCCCUGACAGUGGAGGAGGUGAUGCACAUCAGGCAGGUUCUGGUGAAGGCAGAGCUGGAGAAGUUCCAGCAGUACAAGGAUGUUUACAAUGCACUGAAGAAAGGCAAGCUGUGUUUCUGCUGCCGAACUAAAAGAUUCUCCCUCUUCACUUGGUCCUACACCUGCCAGUUUUGCAAAAGGCCAGUUUGCUCACAGUGUUGUAAGAAGAUGAGGCUCCCCUCCAAGCCAUACGCCAACCUGCCCAUCUACUCCCUGGGCUCCUCGGCCUUGCAGAAGGAGGAGGCCAUCCCUAAGCCUGAGAGACCCUCCACCAGCCACCACCGGCACCACAGUCUGCACAGGACUGUCUCCAGGUUGUCCAAGUCGGAGAGGUCGGAGAGGUCGAGGGAGGAGCUGGAGCUGCCCAGGGAGCUGACGGAGGACUGGAGCACCAUGGAGGUGUGCGUGGACUGUAAGAAGUUCAUCUCGGAGAUCAUCUCCUCCAGCAAGCGCAGCCUCUCGCUGGCCACCAAGCGGGCGCGCUUGAAACGCAAGACGCAGUCCUUCUACAUGUCCUCCCCCAACGCCGCCGAGUAUCGGCCCUCCGAGAGGACUAUCAAAGAGGUGUAGAGCUGUGCCUUUGCUUCCCCUCGUCGUCGGGCCGCCCGCCGCAGGGGCACACAGAUGGUCUGUCUGCGGAUGAAGAGGCGAGCGAUCCAGCCAAGUUUUUGUUACCAUUUCUCCGUUUUUCGUUUCUUUCGAGGCGGGUGAGGGCAUGCCUGGUCCGAUGAAACGGGCAGUUGUUCACUCGUGACUGAAUCGGACACGGAAGCAAGACUUUUUUUUCCCCCUCUUAUUAGCAGCUCUUCCAAUCAAAGGAAUGGAAAAAAAAAACGUUGAAUUUGCUCUGUAAGUGUUGUAAAUAACCUUGUUGCUCGACCCUCCUUUUCCCCUGUCCCCUGUCCGAAUGAAAAGGCCCCAUCAGGAAUGCGGAGUGCGAGAACCACAGCAUGAUGGGGCGUUCCCCACGCUCUCCCUCUCAGGAAAUCGGAGCUGUCCCACUGGCUUUUCCUAAUAUCUGUGGCUGGCCACCUUGUAAGACAAUGAAUGAGCACAACUUCGUCUCUCGCCAGAUGGAAACUGUUGAAGACUUAGGUGCAUGAAGCACAUUAUUUUUUUAACAAUAAGGCAAAGAGGAACGGCCGUGUGGUUUUCUAUAAAUCGGAGUAAGGUUUAAAACUGAAAAUGCGUUGUUUUUAAUGUGCAGUGCCAAGGGCUACUGGAGAGUGAAGCAGUUUAAAUCCUCUGCUACAUAAAUGACACAGAGGAUACCAUCAAUAUACUGUAUGUACAGAAAUAUUCCAUGCAUAUUACCAUGCACUACAUUUCUCAUCAGAACGUUUUCUCCUAGUUUAAUAUACGUGGAAAUAUUGUUUUUAGAUAUACAUAGAAGAAAACUUCAGCACUUGUGGUUGGUUGAGGGGGACUUGAACUAAAAUCGAAAAUGUACAGUGAUGUUGUCUCGCAGACACCUGUGACACCUGUGAAAAACUCUGGUCUGUGGCUUAAUGAACAUAGAAUUCUAUGGAUAUCAGACCUUGAAAUGUUACUUUUAAAUGGAUUUCAAAAGUCAAGAUAUUCUGGGUUUUUAAAUUCUUUCAUCAAUAAUGCAAUCCAUCGCUUUGUAUCUACAGCCCACUAGCUGUACAUUUUUUAAACGAAUAUCCUGCUCCAAUGAGUUGCAUGCGAUUGAAUUAGCCCUUGCUUGUUUUUAAAGGAGUUCUGUCUACUGUAUAAGCAGUCCCUGAUAAGAGCAUUAUCACGCAGUAUGCGAGAUGGAGUGCUAGGCUGAUGAUCAGCUGGCUUGGUGAAGAAGAGCUAGUAGCCAUUAAGCUCUUCCAUUGGUUUCACUAUCUGGUUUGUGGAUCAAGACUUGUGAUAGAUCUUAAGAUGCUGUGCCAGAGAGAGUGCAACCAGAUUGAUAAUGUAAUUCAUGAAAAUGCUGGACCACAUUUGAUGCACAUUUUAGAUUUUAAAAACCUCUGCCAUUAAACCAUAAUAAUUGCAAUUGCAGCUUCUGCACUAUUUUCUAAUGAUGCAUUACCGGAAAAUAAGGUGGUAAGUCGUCAUUGGAAAAGCAGUUCCAUUUUAGUCCCGUUCAUGAAAUGCAGUUAUAGAGGCACUGAUGUUUAGAUUUAGAUGUUACUCAGAGCAUCAUAGAAAAAGUCCUCUAGGACUCUGCUUUGCAGAGACCAAAAUUCACAUUAUCAGGUAUAGCACUAGACUGACUCAUGGUUGAUUGAUUCAUUAAUCUGGGCGCCAUCCAUCUAGGAUUCCAACUCGAAACACUUUUGCAUUGUUGACAGACUCCACACUUUUGUGUUUUGUGUUUCGCAAAACAAAGAGAAUUAGGCAGAAAGAGGGUGAGUGUUGAAGAAUUCAAAUCUAGAUUAUCUGAUAUUUUGAAAUUGCAGUGUUACGGCAUCUGGUGACUCUGAUUUGGCCUAAUUAAUGUUUUUCUUACAUCAUUCAAACCUUUCUGCUCAGAUGAGGGGUUGCGUGCUCACAACAGCACAAAGGUCCAGGCUGCUACUCCAGGCUGAGGUGGGCAUAUUGAAUUGUCGUAAGGCUAAAGAUAAACACUAAGCCUUCCACUCUGCUGGGUUGCCUUCCCACUUCUGAAACAUGUUAGAAAUGAGUUUGCAUUUGCGUCUGUGGAAUGUAUGUGAGUACAAUUAGGUGUGUCGUGCUAAAUUCCUUUUAGUUCUGAAAAUCUUGUCUAGUGCCAAAACCUUCAUUGCUGGUGUGGAUGGUGCAGAAUGGAGCCCAGAUGUAAUUUUCCCUGUAAAUACCUUGUAAUGAAUUUGCAUAUGAACUCAAGGGGAGAGACAGGCUUGAUCUAUGCUGCUCACAGCAGGUCAUUGAGAGCAGCGAUGUGUAGGAUAUUUUUGUGUAUAUGCUGUAUAUCAUAAUGGUAUUGUCUUAAGAUAUUGACCUACUGAGGUGUCUUUAAGAUUGUGUAGAAUUGUUUAUUAUUAUUUAUCUUACUGAUAUUAUGAUUAUUAUGAUUAUUAUUAUUGAUGUUAUUACUGUUUUUUUAUUUAAUACUAAUCUCUUUUCCCAGUGAUGAUUGCACUGGAGCAGCACUUUUAUUGGGUACCAUGAAAUGCUUUUUUCUUUUAAACUUUUUUGUUUUGUGCAUGAAGGGUAGAAAAGAGAAUCUGGCCUCCUGAAACUGCAAAGCAAAACAGCACCUGAUUUCCACUACUGUUUUACUGGGGGACUGGAGGGGAGGCAGCUUGUGUUGUCUUUUCUGUCCUUAAAAGACAUGUGUUUUGAGACUUUUCUGUCCGUUACUGACGACCCUGUUUCCUCAGAAAUGGAAUCAACUGGAAUCUUUUAGGUCCACUUUUACUUUUAUCAUUCCUUACGUCUUUUCCUCCCUCCAGAAGCAUGGCUGUAGGUGGUACUUAGGAGUGUGGAGCCCUAUAAACACUCCUGUGAGCACAGGGCAGAAGUUCAUAUAUCACGGGCAGUUUGAUUUCAUGCUUGCAUGCCCAGGCUUGUGUAGGUUUUAACAUAUUGAUAGUAUUGGAGAAACUCCUGAGUUCUUGCUUUUCUUGGGUCUGCAGGUCCCACCCAUAGAUUAACAAUUUUGGAUGUACCGGGGAUUCAGUUUUAUUCAAAAAAAAUUUAAAAAAAAAGUAGAAUCCAUAUAUUCUGUUAAUUGAAAAGUGUUUUUUGAUCUCAUAAGUUAGUUACAGCAAAGUCCAGGGGUGUUCCGUUUCUGCAGUGCCAGUGAAGUAUUGCAGAAUUGGUGUUUUCUGAGCUGCUUCGAUGCGUCGUUUCCAGUUGACCGUUAUUGCACUUAGUACCUGGGUCUCUGACCACAGUUUAACAACUGCAAGUCCUGUAUGUCUGUCAUUUUAUGGAGUCAUUUGUUUGCCGUUUGCAUUUGGCUGGGAACCAGUCUUGGAAAAUUACGUUCAGUUUUUCCUUUUGAGUGUCCCUGCUGCCGCAGUGGAGCUGGUGAGAUAGAGGGUGCCAGCACUCGGCACUCAACAGAUUUCUUUUGCGUGUUUAUGCUCCUUUUUUACCCAAGUAUUUUCCAAGAGACCAACCUAGAUGUGUGCACCCUUAACGCACUCUCAAGGACAGUGUUUUUAAAGACAUGCUCUUUCCAUAGAGUUAACUACCUGGCCUGUGUGAAGUCUUAAGUAAAUUUGCUAAUAAACGAUAUUUCUUCCUGUGCUAAGCUGUUUAGGAUUUUUCGUUUCACUUCCUCGUCUGCCUGGCCUGUCAGGCGUGUGAAGCCACCCUCGUUGGCAAGCUCAGAAACAUGCCAGGCAGUCCAGUUAACUGUGUGUCACUCUCAGCCUAGUUUGUGGAUUUUCCUUCAACUCCUUCUUUGACUUUUGAGAAUGAAACUGGUACAGGGUGUGUGUUUCGUCACCAAGAUGGUUCUUAUUAACCUGUUUGUUGUGUGUUGCAAUGUUCAUGAUUCAUACAAACAGCAGGGGGAAAAAAGUGUAUGUCAAAGGAAAACCAUGACUACUGGACAUGACUAUUGUAGAGCUACUUUAAUGAGUCAAUACUCUAAUUGUAAUUUGCUACUUUAAUUAGUGCUGCUGAAGUUACCACAUCUUCCACAUCCAUGGUUUUGGAGAGCAGGACCACUACAGUGUGUAGUUUUCAAAUUAUUUUAAAAACCCUGAUCCCCCCCCCAUUCCCCAUAAACAUUUCUGCAAUGUUAGUUGCAGCAGCUGAAUCUCUUUGGUUGAAUCAGCCUAUUAGUGACCAAUUUAUUAUUUUCACCUGCAUCAGGGCUCUUGAGACAGUAUUUCUGAGAAAAAAAAAGGCGAAACAGCUUAACAUUUAUAUAAAAAAAAAGGUUUUAGCAUUGAAAUGUUUAUUUUUCACAAAGUAUUGAAAGUUAAAACAAAGGUUUUUGCAUAACAUAUAUGAUCCAUCAAUAUAUAUAUAUACCAUAACAUAAGAUGAAAAUUAAUGGAUUGACAGGGCCAGAAGAACCUUUUUUGCCAGCAGGAAUAUGAUGAAUACUAGAAUACCACUGAAUGCCCUGUGGUUAUGUUAUUUGUACAUGACGGUAAAGGCCAUACAGAAAAUAUUGCAGGCCAUUUCCCCUACUGUGAGAAUUUAACAUUCCCCCUGAAAUUCUACUCAUGCAAAUGAUAGUUUUUGUUUUUAGUGUUUGGAAUGCUGUACAUUACUUUAUUUGCUUAUGAUGUUUAACCCUUGUUUCUCGAGCAUUAUGAUUUUGAUGAACAGCAGUACGUUCACCCAUUUUAAUUAAUUGUGCUGGUGAUGGCCGUCGAAAUGCAGCGUCAGUCUCCUAAGAAGAUACCCUGCAUUCGUUUAGGAUUCAGUUUAUUUAGUUCUGCAAGUUAUUGGCGACACCAUGAAAGUAUGACGGCCAUGGAAAUCUUUGCGCAGAUGUGUGAAAACAACAGGUUUGCGUCUGAGGGGAGCCGGGGAUGUCGAGAAUCAGAAAAGGGGUGGCGCAGACGUCAAAGUACUUGUACGUCUGCAUGUUUCAUACUCGUAGACUGUAAAUCGCUUCGGUUGCUCUCAGCAUUUAAUCCUCACACCCAGACAAGAGGGAACUGAGAAACCGACUCCGCAAAUCUCUUAAGACGAGUCAUUUUUCCUUCGGUUUAGCGGCUGUGCAUUUUUCCAGCUUGACUUUUAACGUGGAGAUCUGGGACGUUCAAAUUUGUCCUUGAAGUUAAAUUUGAUUUGAAAAUGAUCACUGGUCAUUUUCAUUUUAAACAUUUCGUUUGACUUGAACCAUUACCGGUCAACUCUUCAGUAAGGAUACAGCUUCCACAUUAUCUGAGGGGUGGGAAUCUCUCAUCCUAACUCUUCACAGUUAACCCUGUGGACGACCACCUAUAGUACAUUUGAUGUGGGGAAAGUAUGAAGUGUAAUUGUUCAGAAAUCCCAACAACCGCAUAAUUCAUCAUAGAACAGCACCACGUUUAACUGCCGGCAAAAGGCUAGUUUUUCUGAAAGACUGCGGUAAAAGUUUGUACAGUAUGAAUUGGGAAUUUCCGAUUUGAUUCAUUAACGAUCCCUUGAUUUGAAGGGUUAAGGCAGACAAAGACAUUCCCUCGGGUUCCAAAGAUGUAGCCCCAGUAUGACUGGAUUUUUUUUUAAAACGCGGAAGAUGAUUAUUUUUUUCUAAACGUAGGAUGCUAUAGAGAGGUUAAAAAAAACUAAGACUCGCAGCCUGUGGCACGGUUAAUGAUCUUCUUCCUCCUGAUGCAGCUGUGACUGUGCAUGUAACUAAUGUUUAGCUUGUAACUUCAAAUUGUAGCGGUGAUUUUUUUUUUUAAAAAAAGAUAAUAAAAACGGCAAUACAAUUCUC